AUGAUAAAUGAAAUACCUUUUGCUGACAUAACAUUGCUAAAGGCUGAAAAGUGUGACCUUCUAAGACUGGCAUAUGCGCAUCAAUUUGGCCACUCAAGGAAGAUUUCUGCAGUGGCAGAGGUCACUAGGAGGUUGUCCAAAAACAAAAACUCCCUUGCAGUUGGAGUAUCAUGCAUUUUGGAUCAUCUAACAACAGUAAAGGCAACACUUAACAAUCAGGGGAAGCUGCGGGCCCUCCUACUCCAUAGAAGCAAACCAAUCUCAUGCUUAAACGUUUCUGGUGAAUUUGACACGAGGGCUCUAGACAAGAUCCCUAGGAUAGGAUUGGCUCUUGCUCUCAAGCUUUGA